AUGACUGUCGGCUGCGUACUCCUCGCUGCCAUAGCCAUGACUACCAUGCUCGAAGUUCUCGCUGUUGUAUUCGCCGUGAGCCUAAAUCCUGCCGGAAUCAUGUCCGAUGUUAUGUCCGAAGCCGUGUGCAAAAUAGUGUCCGACGUCGUCUCCGCUAUUAUGGCCGGCCUCAAUAGUUGCUCCACCGUAUCCGACACUCAGCCUGCUGUCGUGAUCUUCGACUCCAUGUCCUUGUACGCCUUGUCCUUCGAUUCCAUGUUCUUCGUCACCGUGAACCUCGAAACCGUGUACUUCACUGCCGUGACCCCCAAAACCAUAUCCUUUACCAGUGUGACCUUUGAUGUUAAAAGCUUUGCUGCCAUGACCAUAAAACCCAUGAAAUUUGCUGCCGUGAUUUUCACUGCCGUGACUCCUGAAGCCAUGUCCCCCAUAGCCGAAAUGACUGUAUGCAUCGCCGUGACCCCAAACACCAUGUCCGGAUCCGAUAGCGGCUUCACCGUGGCCAACAUUCGGUUCACUGCCAUGUCUGUCGACACUGUGUUCUUGUACGCCAUAUCCCUCGAUUCCAUGUUUUUCGUUACCAUGAACCUCGACGCCUUGUCCCUCACUAUCAUGCUCCUCAAUACCAUGUCCUUGUACGCCUUGCCCUUCGAUUCCAUGUUCUUCGUUACCGUGAACCUCGGUGACUUGUCCUUCACUGCCAUGUUCCUCGACGCCGCGUCCUUGUACGCCGUGUCCUCCGAUGCCAUGAACCUCAAAACCAUGUACUUCACUGCCGUGACCCCCAAAACCAUAUCCUUUAUUGGUGUGACCUUUGAAGUUAAAAGCUUCGCUGCCAUGACCAUAAAAGGCAUGAAAUUUGUUGCCGUGACCUUCACUGCCGUGACCCCCAAAACCAUAUCCUUUAUUGGUGUGACCUUUGAAGUUAAAAGCUUCGCUGCCAUGACCAUAAAAGGCAUGAAAUUUGUUGCCGUGACCUUCACUGCCGUUACUCCCGAAGCCAUGUCUCCCGUAGCCGAAAUGACCGUAUGCAUCACCAUGACCCCAAAGACCGUGUCCGGAUCCAAUAGCGGUUUCACCGUCUCCAAUACUCAGGUUGCUGCCGUGACCUUCGACGCUGUGCCCUUCACUGCCAUGCUCCUCAAUACCAUAUCCUUGUACGCCUUGUGCUUCGAUUCCAUGUUCUUCGCUACCGUGAAUCUCUGUGACUUGUCCUUCACUGCCAUGCCCAUCGACACUGUGUUCUUGUACGCCAUGUCCCUCAGUUCCAUUUUCUUCGUUACCAUGAACCUCGACGCCUUGCCCUUCACUGCCAUGCUCCUCAAUACCAUGUCCUUGAACGCCUUGUUCUUCGAUUUCAUGUUUUUCGUUACCGUGAACCUCGACGCCUUGUCCUACACUGCCAUGCCCCGCGACACUGCGUUCUUGUACGCCGUUUCCCUCAAUUCCAUGUUCUUCGUUACCGUGGAUUGCAACACCAUGUCCUUCACUGUCAUGCUCCCCAAUACCAAGUCCUUGUACGCCAUGUCCCUCGGUACCAUUUUCUUCGUUACCAUGAACCUCGACGCCUUGCCCUUCACUGCCAUGCUCCUCAAUACCAUGUCCUUGAACGCCUUGUUCUUCGAUUUCAUGUUCUUCGUUACCGUGAACCUCGACGCCUUGUCCUACACUGCCAUGCCCCGCGACACUGUGUUCUUGUACGCCGUGUCCCUCAAUUCCAUGUUCUUCGUUACCGUGGAUUUCAACACUAUGUCCUUCACUGUCAUGCUUCCCUAUACCAAGUCCUUGUAUGCCAUGUCCUUGCAUUCCAUGCUCCUCGUUGCCGUGAACAUCGACACCGUGUCCUUCACUGCCAUGUUCCUCGACACGCUGUCCUUGUAUGCCGUGUCCUCCGAUGUCAUGGACCUCAAAACCGUGUCCUUCACUGCCGUGAGCCCCAAAACCAUAUUCUUUACUGGCGUGACCUUUGAAGCUAAAAGCUUCGCUGUCAUGACCAUAAAAGCCAUCAACUUUGCUGCCGUGAUCUUCACUGCCGUGACUCCCGAAGCCAUGUCCCCCGUAGCCGAAAUGACCGUAAGCAUCACCAUGGAAUCCACCAUGGAAACC